CAUCACCACACGCACCACGAGUUCGGCCUCCAGUUACACCACUACAGCUCCCGCCCCGCAUCACCGCCUUCCAUUCCCCAAUCUAGGGUUGAGCGCUCCUGGCCACCGCCGGUCAUGCCCGACGCGGCAGCCGCCCAGGACGCCGACGCCGAGAUGCGCGACGCCGCCGCCGCCGCGGCGGCGGCGCCCGGUGACGACGACGGCGAGGACUACACCGAGGAUGAGGAGGAUGAUGAGGACGUUGACGAGGAAGACGAAGACGAGGAGCCGCCCGCCCCGGCGCCGGUCUCGGCCUUGCCAAGCAGCCCGAACCAGCUGACGCUGCUCUUCCAGGGCGAGGUCUACGUGUUCGAAUCCGUUACCCCUGAGAAGGUUCAAGCUGUCCUGUUACUAUUAGGAAGCGGUGAACUGCCACCUGGUUUAGCUGGCAUGGUUUUACCUAAUCAGAACAAGGGUUAUGAUGAUAUACUUCGGAGGACAGACAUUCCUGCAAAAAGGGUUGCUUCGCUCAUCAGGUUCCGUGAAAAGCGAAAGGAAAGAAAUUUUGAUAAGAAGAUACGUUAUUCUGUACGCAAAGAAGUGGCACUCAGGAUGCAGCGCCAUAAGGGGCAAUUUGCUGGGCGAGCCAAUUUGGAAGGGGAGUCUCUAGCUCCUGGUGGUGAUCCUGCUUCCCAGGGCUCAGGCCAAGAUUUCAUGUCUCGUGAAUCAAAAUGUCAUAAUUGCGGCACUAGUGAAAGGAUGACGCCAGCAAUGCGUCGUGGUCCAGCUGGUCCAAGGACUUUGUGCAAUGCUUGUGGAUUGAUGUGGGCAAACAAGGGUACCCUGAGAAGUUGCCCCAAGGCAAAAGUUGAAUCUCCCGUGGUUGCAGCUGAGCAGAGCAAUGCCGCCGUCUCUCAGUAUGGAAGUGACAACAAAACGUUAGUGGCACCAAAGAAUGACAAUGCAGCUGCAAGCAAUGACGAAGCCAUUGGCAAUAGCGCGCCUGCAAGCGCAGGCAGCUCGUGAACUGAAACUGUGUGUCGUCUUCUCCAGCAUUCGCAAUAGCGCGCCUGCAAGUUCAGCUGAGAUAGGAGCGCGAAAGGCGCUGUGACAAUAAGUUAUAUAAACAUGUCAUUGUUGAAGACAAUGAUUUCGGAUUCUUUGCGUAUAGCUAAACACCUCAAUAGAAAGAUUUGCUAAUGAGGAAUACCGAUUCUCAUCAAGUGUACAUUUCUUGAUUGACAGCGUUAGACAUGUAAUUAACAUAAGGUCGAUUGAUGUCUGUUGUGUAAACUGUAAACCCAGAUCUGUGUUACAUUUCCUGCUUUUCCGAGCAGUGCGUUCACAUAAAUCAUACUCAUUGGUUCCCCCUUUCCCGUU